CGGCGCUUCUGGUUUCUGGUUUCGACGCAGUAUAUGACAUGGCGAAACUUGCACUGAAGCUGAUUGGAAUCGCUAUAUUCUUGGUAGCCGCUCUCGAGGCUCAGGAAACCCCUGCGGCUGAAUCAUCUCCGGCGUCGCAAUCAGCUGGUGAAACUUCUCCAACAACAGAAGGCAGUUCUACCGGAGAAAUAACUCAGACCACUGUAGCGGGGUCGGAGGUCACAGGAUCACCCACAAAUAGCACCAACCCAAGCGAUCCGCCUGGCCCGGAAAAUGGCGGAGAUCCAUUUGUAAAGCCGGGAAACCAUAUAAAGGGUCCUCGACACGUUAGAGCACAUGAUGGCUUUCACAACCUGAAGACGGAGAAGCAUUGGGCUCGCUGGAACGACGCCUUCACCACGCCAGGUCCUUAGCUACUACUACCCAGUACGCCCUAUAAUUUUGUCACCAAUCUCGAAAGAUUAUUGAAUACAGAUCAAAACAUAAAUCA